CUUUCUCUUGCGCUUCUGGAGAGUAUCUAGAGAUGAAGAACCAGGUAUGCAGUAAGUGUGCCGAAGGCACCUACUCCUUGGGCAGUGGCAUCAAAUUUGAUGAAUGGGAUGAAUUGCCAGCAGGAUUUUCCAACGUUGCAACAUUCAUGGACACUGUGGUGGGCCCUUCUGACAACAGGCCAGACGGCUGUAACAACUCUUCUUGGAUCCCUCGUGGAAACUACAUAGAGUCUAAUCGUGAUGACUGUACGGUGUCUCUAAUCUAUGCUGUGCACCUUAAGAAGUCAGGCUAUGUCUUCUUUGAGUACCAGUAUGUCGACAACAACAUCUUCUUUGAAUUCUUCAUUCAAAAUGAUCAGUGCCAGGAGAUGGAUACCACCACAGACAAGUGGGUAAAACUCACUGACAAUGGAGAAUGGGGCUCUCAUUCUGUAAUGCUGAAAUCAGGCACAAACAUACUGUACUGGAGAACUACAGGCAUCCUUAUGGGUUCUAAGGCUGUCAAGCCCGUCUUGGUGAAAAAUAUCACAAUUGAAGGGGUGGCUUACACUUCAGAAUGUUUUCCAUGCAAGCCAGGGACAUUCAGCAACAGGCCAGGUUCAUUCAACUGCCAGGUGUGUCCCAGAAACACCUAUUCUGAGAAAGGGGCCAAAGAAUGCAUAAGGUGUAAAGAGGAUGCCCAGUUUUCAGAGGAAGGAUCCAGUGAGUGCACGGAGCGCCCACCCUGUACCACAAAAGACUAUUUCCAGAUCCAUACUCCAUGUGAUGAAGAUGGAAAGACGCAGAUAAUGUACAAGUGGAUAGAACCCAAAAUCUGCAGGGAAGAUCUCACCGAUGCUAUUAGAUUGCCCCCUUCUGGAGAGAAGAAAGAUUGUCCACCUUGCAACCCUGGAUUUUAUAACAAUGGUUCAUCUACUUGUCAACCCUGCCCUCCUGGGACCUUUUCAGAUGGAACAAAGGAAUGUAGACCAUGUCCAGCGGGAACGGAGCCGGCACUUGGGUUUGAAUAUAAAUGGUGGAAUGUCCUUCCUGGCAACAUGAAAACUUCCUGUUUCAAUGUUGGGAACUCCAAGUGUGACGGAAUGAAUGGUUGGGAGGUGGCUGGAGAUCAUAUCCAGAGUGGAGCUGGAGGUUCUGAUAAUGAUUACCUGAUCUUAAACUUGCAUAUUCCAGGAUUUAAACCACCAACAUCUAUGACUGGAGCCACAGGUUCUGAACUAGGAAGAAUAACCUUUGUCUUUGAGACCCUCUGUUCCGCAGACUGUGUCCUGUACUUCAUGGUGAAUAGACGGUUCAUCAAUGACAUGGUGAAGAUCUAUUCUAUCAUAGCCACUAAUGCAGUUGAUGGGGUGGCGUCUUCAUGCCGUGCCUGUGCCCUUGGUUCUGAACAGUCGGGCUCAUCGUGUGUCCCCUGCCCCCCAGGCCACUACAUUGAGAAAGAAACCAACCAGUGCAAGGAGUGUCCACCUGACACCUACCUGUCCAUACAUCAGGUCUAUGGCAAGGAGGCUUGUAUUCCCUGUGGGCCUGGGAGUAAAAGCACUCAGGAUCACUCAGUUUGCUAUAGUGACUGCUUUUUCUACCAUGAAAAAGAAAAUCAGAGUUUGCAUUAUGACUUCAGCAACCUCAGCAGCGUGGGUUCCUUAAUGAAUGGGCCCAGCUUCACCUCCAAAGGAACAAAAUAUUUCCAUUUCUUCAAUAUCAGUUUAUGUGGGCAUGAGGGGAAGAAGAUGGCUCUCUGUACUAAUAACAUAUCGGAUUUUACAGUAAAGGAAAUGGUGGCAGGAUCAGAUGAUUACACCAACUUGGUAGGGGCUUUUGUGUGCCAGUCAACAAUUAUCCCUUCUGAAAGUAAGGGUUUCCGAGCAGCCUUGUCAUCCCAGUCCAUCAUUCUGGCAGACACAUUUUUAGGAGUAACAGUUGAAACCACAUUGCAAAACAUUAAUAUAAAAGAAGACAUGUUCCCAGUUUCACCAAGCCAAAUACCAGAUGUGCAUUUCUUUUAUAAGUCUUCCACAACUACAACGUCCUGUAUUAAUGGCCGAUCAACUGCUGUGAAAAUGAGGUGUAAUCCUACUAAACCUGGAGCGGGCGUGAUUUCAGUCCCCAGCAAGUGCCCAGCAGGCACCUGUGAUGGAUGUGCAUUCUAUUUCCUGUGGGAGAGUGCUGAAGCUUGCCCUCUGUGCACCGAGCAUGACUUCCAUGAGAUUGAGGGAGCCUGCAAAAGAGGAUUUCAGGAAACCUUAUAUGUCUGGAAUGAACCUAAAUGGUGCAUUAAAGGAAUUUCUUUGCCUGAGAAAAAACUGUCAACCUGUGAAACAGUUGACUUUUGGCUAAAAGUAGGAGCUGGCGUGGGAGCUUUCACAGCCGUUUUGCUGGUGGCUCUAACAUGCUACUUCUGGAAGAAGAAUCAAAAACUGGAGUACAAAUAUUCCAAAUUGGUAAUGACAACUAACUCAAAAGAGUGUGAACUCCCAGCUGCAGACAGUUGUGCUAUAAUGGAAGGGGAAGAUAAUGAAGAGGAAGUUGUAUAUUCAAAUAAACAGUCUCUACUGGGAAAACUCAAAUCUUUGGCAACAAAGGAAAAAGAAGACCAUUUUGAAUCUGUUCAAUUGAAAUCCUCAAGAUCACCCAAUAUAUGAAGAGACAGUGCUGUAGCCUUCAGACUAAUGAACAAAGAAACCGUCUCUGUGGUUUUACAGGACCCUGUGUUAGGGUGUGUCUUCACACCUGUCAUGUUGGUGAUCUCACAGAGGAAGGCCUUGGCACUGAAAUGAGAAAGAGGUUGAAAUGUUUGAUUGCCUUAUCACAUGGUCAAGUACCUUGCCAAACAAAGGAAAGCAAAUGAUUUGGGUCUCAACUGAAGAUGAAACUUAACUCAGGAAGAGAUUUAUCUGUAUAUACACAUAACUGAAAACCAAGUUUAUGCCCACCAGUGCACUGCUGAUGCAUGCCAUAUAAUUAUUGGGUAAUUUUUAUUCUUUAUAAUGUCUACAUAAAAAGUGUGCUUUGGAGGGCAGAUGUGAGCAUAAGCCUUGUGAUCUUGUUUAUGUCUUGUCUUUGUUUAUGUUUGGGGGAAGAUUUGAAAAAAAUUUAAAGGUAUAAUUAUUUUUCCCAUUAUUUAUUUUCUCAACAGACCUUAAACAUCUUUUCUAUUAAAAAAAAUGGUGAGCAAUGAAAGACAAUAAAUUUUUCUUUUUACAUAGGGCAUUUUUACUUGGUUUCCGAAGCUUAUGUCAUCAGUAAUAUUUUAGAAAGAAUUAGCAUGUAUUGGGGUUAUUUAAACCUAUAAUUGCCUUUGAAAUUCCAUCCUUGUUGGAAUUGGUAAGAAGAGCUUGACUGGAAGUUUGAAGGAAUAUUAAAAAAAAAAAAAACACGUGGGCGUAAGAAGGCUUUGACUUUCCAUUAAUGCAAAUAAGCAGGUAUUAUCAUAAAAGUAAAAUGGCUUAAAACAGUUUGUUGGUGCCUGAAGAAUAAAUAAGUGGGAAAACUUGUUAUUAAACUAGUUGCACAAUUAUGAAGAAGAAAGGGCUUCUUCUUCUUAAGUCCAAAUAACUGUACAGAGGUAUUGGGAUAAUUUCACAGUCAAGAAAAUGUUAGUGGGACAUUUCCUUCAUGUAAAAGCACCAGAGGUUUGAUUAUUUUUCUGCUGCAAGACUUUGAGGAUUAUGACUUUGGUGGAAGCAUCUUACCCCACCCCCACCCCCACUAAGCCAAUAGACAGGAAUUCAAUUUUGGAAACGCAUAUAUUGUAUUCAUGAUAAGAAUGUGAUUGUACUAUAAACAGUUAUGAAAUAAGUAGUGUUCUUAUUCAAAACUGAUCCAGAAAAUUGUGAUAUUUCUUAUGAUGGAUUACUAGUCAUAGCACAACUUGGACAUUAUUUGUUAAAAGAAGUUUGAAGAUAGAUUUAACCAAUUUUGUGUAAAUUUUGUUUUGGAACUGAGAAACAAGAGGGUUCACUGGCAAUUGAUGAUCUAAGGUGCUCUGGUUUGUUUCCAAUAAACAGUUAUCUUUACAGACCUUAAUCCAGAUUUUUAAAAAAGAUCUGUGUUGGCUAAAGGAGGCAGGGUAUAGGUAUAAGGUUUUUGCCCCAGAUAUUUCAAUGAAAUAUGAGUUGUAACUUUUGAUAUUGCAGACAGUCUCAUCAUUUUUGUGAAAAAAUGGGAUAAAAUGAAUAAUUAUGUAUUUGACUGGUGGAUAAAACACUAGACCAUUUGAUUUCAUUAAAUGAAUUUUUUGUUUUGUGUACAGCUCUGCUAUUGUGUACAGGUAUAGAGGAAGUUGCCAUUGUUUCAUUGUUCAUUAUGGGUUUCAAGAGGAUAUCACAGUGUAUAAAACUUUUUUUUCCACUUAAAUUCUUGAAUCUUUAUAUAAAGAAGAAAUUAUUUUGGCAUUACUCAUUUUUAUCCCACUAAUAGACUAUUGGUAUGCCUUCCCCCAUCUUGACAAAAUUUAACCAGAAGAAUGAAAAUACACUUGAAAUGCACCCUUUCAGAGGAACCCUGAUAAAGUUGUACAGACUGGACAGACUCAGAAAGUUUCCGCAGUCACCAGUCACCUCUCUCUUCAUCUUCUGCUGUGCUCAACAUGUAUGUUUCAAGCCAUAGAGAUAAUUGGGAUUUGCUCCCAGGUAGCUUCUUUCUUCUCUUGUCACUGGACUAAAAUCUCUGACAUGUCAAAAAUGCCUUAAAUUUUUAAUGAACUCUCUGAAAAUGUAGUUGAUAUUAAAGAAUUUAUUUAUUUUAUUUCUAAUUUUAGAUACUAAAUAGAUUUUGUCAGCUCAGUCCCAGCUUUGGAAAUAGCUGCCUAUUUCCUUUGGAUUCCAGUGGCUUGUCAUUUUAUUUGAAGAGCUGAAGAAAAAUGACAGAAUAUUAUGAGGAAAAUAUUCAGAUCAAUUCUGGUUAUAAAAUUCACUUCAUAGCUGGCCUUUGCAAAGCUCAGUGAAAUGUUGAAAACAUAAACAAAUUAAUUAUGUUUCUGUGACUUAAUUGACAUUUGUUGUUCCUUUACCCCUAAGUGGUAGAAAAAGGUGUUAUUUGUUAUUUUCCAAAAGGCCCAGUUUUGAGGCCUUAAAUACUUCAUUAAAUCAACUGUCGCCUAUAACAUCUCUUAGCACUCUGUGAAAACUAUUUAAAUCAAUUUUACAUGGGAUGAGAACAUGUCUUCUAUGGAUAAAUUAUAUCAUGCCAUUUAAUGAUGUUGAGCAAUUUGAUAUGUGUUCAUUUGAUUUAAAAGACUGACUUUUAUUAUUAUUGAUUUUUCCCCCUUUGGUUACUCAUAAUCAAAUCCUUCCUAGGAUUAAAAAUAUUUCGUAUUA